GGGGAGAAAAAAACAAACACUUACUGUAAUGAAGCAGGAAACACUCUUAUCUGGUCUCAUCCUGACAAAUGUGCAGCUGAUUUACAUGAUACUCUGAGGUGAGACCUGUCAACAAACAGCACUGCAGAAAUGAACCAGGCAGCUAAAGAUCUGCUGAUCAUCUAUGAGGCUGAGGCAAACCAAUGGGCCAGCUACCUGCUGUCAGUUUUCACCGGUCCCAUCUCGGAGGCUGCGAUCUGCUGCUACGACAUUUCCACAGUCUCCCACCAGCAGGACGACUUCCUCCGGUUGUCCCGGUACACCUGCAAGCUGCUCAUCCUCUCCAAAGGAAUGCUGGAGAGUCUUAGUCAGCUGCACUGCGCCUUCCUGGGCCGCGUGUUGGCCCCUGCGUCGCAGGUGGUGGUGCUGCUUUGUGGCGUGGACAGCGUGACCCCGCUGCUGGAGCUGGUGCCCUUGGAUGGGAGGCAGUUCCUGCAGAUCUCCAGCGAUCAAGAUGCUCCUGAGUAUCUGUCUGCUGUCACCGACAUCAUAAGAAAAGGUGCAUCGGCCACAUCAGCAAAUGUCAGUCCAGUGACACAGAAACCAUCUGGAUCGCAGCAGCGGGCCAAGCAGCUGCUGUCCAGCGAAGCCAGCAGGGUCAGAUCAAACCUCGUCAUUCUUCCCUCAAGAGUUCCUUGCGGGAGCUCUGUGGAUCUGUUCGUUCUUCUGAGAAGUCAAACCGUGGGCUCUGACUGUGAGUUGGAGUUCAGCAACGGGGAUCAGAGCAUGAGAGUUCGGCCCGUUUGCUGGAACGAGAGGAUCCUGUGCGUCGGCGCUCCAGAUUUUCCAGCAGGGACUGUGUCUGUGACUGUGUACAGUGGUCGAAAGUCACUUUGCACUGCACAGCUGCAGUACUACACAAACAUGGAAGAACUCACCUGCCUUCUGUCCAAAGUAGCUGACCCUGUGGACUUUAUGUGUCAGGCAUUUCAGGUUUCCUCUGCAGACAUGGUGGAUAAGAAGCUGUUGUCAAUGCUGCUUGAGGGAAUGCCAACGGGAGGCUUUGAGGCCCUGAGGACUGGAAACACACACAAACAAGAGGCCCACCACGCCAAAGUGCCCUCGCUUCUCCACUUUGCCGCCCGCUACGGCUUCAGAGGCGUCUCCGGACUGCUUCUGCAGUGUCCAGGUGCUGGACAGGCGCUGCAGACAGCGGAUCGGAACGGACAAAUCCCCACCGAGAUCGCCAAGAGUCACGGCCACACGGAGCUCCACGUCUUAUUCAGAGAGACACUGAAGAUGUUGAAUCCCGGCGAGGCCAACGCAGAUCAUGACGUGUAUGAGAUGAUGGGCAAUGCAGAUGUACAGACACAGGAGCGAGGCGAGGGAAGUGAGGCUGAGGAGGAGGAAGAUGAUCUUUACACACCGCUGGAGGCCAAUGACGACACCAUCUCUGAGAACGCCGUGGUCAUUGCCAAUCGCCCGCCGGCACCCGCGCCAAGACCGGAGAGCACGCAGAUGAAGGACAGCAACGUACCUUUCAUAGCUCAAGUGUUUCAGAAGAAGAAGAAGAAGACUCCCCCGGUGGACGGGGAUCUCUAUUCACUCCCCACCAAGCAAGUGCAAGAAGGCGGUGUCCCCCCUACCUACGACUCUUUCGUGAUAAACAGACCUGGGACGACCAUGAAGCUCCAGGAGAAGCAGAAGAGUCCCAUCGCUGCCAGCGUCAGCAGCAGGGAAUACGAUGACAGCGUCUAUGAUAGAAUCCAAAUUACUCCACCCAAGCCAGUGAUGGAAAGAGAAAGAAAGAGAAGAAACAAGUUUGUUUCUGAUUUCUAAAGCCAGUCACUUAAAGGACAAGAUAGAUCUCCCAUAAUGACAAAUGGCAAAUAUCUGUCUGCAAAUAGUCUGUGAUGAAAGUCAUAAUUUUGACUUUUUCUUCAACAACAAAAUUGAUUUAGAUAUAAAUAUACUUUAAAUUGGUAAAAUAAUACAAAUUGUAUCAAUUAAAAUGUAAUUUUGUGUGUAAAUGUUAACUUACACUGUUUACUGAAGAUGCUGAAUUAUCACUGAUAACUUUUACAGCAUGAAUUUAAGAAAGUCUUAAAUAAAUGCUAAACUACCUGCUCA